AUGUCCGAAAGCCUUCCGGCGUCUGCGCAUGGCCGAGGCUACCUGCCAAACCUUGCCUCCUGGCCAGUCCUCGUAGUCUGCUUUCUCGUAUUCAUCGCAUACCUCUACGUUUCCCACUUCCCAAAACCUUUGCCAGGCAGCAUCCCAUACUAUGCCCCCUCAGCCAAGCGUCUGCUGGGCGACGUCCCCGAGCUGCGCAAGUACUAUGGUACGGGCACGUACCGGCGCUUCUACGGCCAUCGCCAGCAACAGCUGCAGAGUCCCAUCUCGCAGGUCUUCCUGUUCCCGUACAAGCGGCCGUUGGUGCUCGUCACGGAUAUCCGCGAGGCGCACGACAUUGUCUUCCGGCGGCAUCGCGAGUUUGACCGCUCGCAAAGGAGCUGCGACAUCUUCGGCGUCAUCGGCAAGGAUUUCCACCUGGCAAUGACGUCGCGAAACCCCAAGUUCAAGGGCAAUAAGGAGAUUUUGCGGGACUUGAUGACCCCGAGCUUCCUCGAUGCGGUGUCUGGGCCGCACAUGCAUGCCAUUACCACGUCGCUGGUGGGGAUUUGGAAGUUGAAGAUGGAGAGGGCCAAAGGGAAGCCAUUCUCGGCGUACGAUGACGUCCACCACGCAGCGCUGGAUAUCAUUCUCGCAGCGGCAUUUGGUAUCGACGAUGAUGACAGUGCCACUCACAGGCAACUUGUGCAUCUGGAAAUUGAUAAUCAAGUGGUUUCUGUCCAAGAAAAUGGUGCCGACAUCGUCAAGUUCCCAGUCAAACCGCUCCCGGAUGCUUAUCAGGCGGUCCUGGACGUGACGAACACGGUGCUCAUCGGCACGACGAGUCCCUUUCCUGCCUUCCAUCACUGGGUAGUGCGCAACACGACCAUGCGUCGCACUUUCAAACUGAAAGAGCGCCUUGUCGACAGCGAAAUUCAGAAGGGAGUUGACCGCCUGGUGCGCAACGAUAAAGAGGCAGCGAAGGAGGAUUGUGCGAUGGACAGGAUGAUCCUCCGCGAGGUAAACCUGGCAGAAAAGGAGAGAAGAAAGCCCAACUUCUUCCAACCAAGAAUGAGAGAUGAGCUAUUCGGCUACAUAGCAGCUGGACAUGACACGUCCUCUACCACAAUGGCUUGGAUGAUGAAGUUCGUGGCCGACAACCAGGAUGCUCAGGCGAGGCUGCGCCGUCAAUUGAGGGCAUCAUUUGCCUCUGCCGCAGCCGAGAAGCGACAGCCCACGAUCGCGGAGAUCACUCGAUCCCCGGCUCCGUAUCUCGACGCUUUCGUAGAGGAAGUUCUGCGCCUCUCCGAGACAAUUCCCAUGGUGAUUCGCGAGUCGAUCGUCGACACGACUGUCCUUGGCCAUUUCAUCCCCAAGGGAACGUCGCUGUUGCUCUACUACCACGGCCCCGGCGGCCAAACUGAACCCGCCUUCCCCAUCCCGCAAUCUCUGCGCUCUGAAGGCGAGCGCAACGCAAAGGACCCCGUGCCAGACUGGGACCCGACAACGAUCCGUCAAUUCCAGCCCGAGCGCUGGCUCAAGCGCCGGUCGCGAGACUCAUCAUCAACAUCGGCACCGGUCGACGCUUCCGAGCUCGACGGCCGACAUGAUGAGUUCACCGAUGUCGAGUUCGACUCGCAAGCGGGUCUCUUCUUCACCUUCGGCGGCGGACCGCGGGGCUGCUUCGGGCGCAAGCUGGCGUAUCUCGAGCUGCGGGUGGUGCUCGCGAUGCUGGUAUGGAACUUUGUAUUUGAAAAGUGCCCGCCGGAACUGAGCUCGGAUCAUGGCAUUGACAAGGCGACGACCAUACCAAAGUAUUGCUUCGUGAAGCUACGCCCGGCAAACUAA